CUGAUUUUGUCAUUCUUGUUUUCUUUUUUUCUCAUUUGUUCCUUCGUAUUAGGACAAAAUAGCGAAAAUUUGUGAAAAUCCGUUAUUUCACUCAAGAAAAACAGUUAUAAGAAUAAUCUGUGAUACAAGUCGCAGUGAAGUAAACACUAACAAGCUAAGAAUUUGUGCCCCAAUUCGCGUGUUUCUGGAGAAUAGUUCAACCAAUUUUGUUGCGUAGAAAAACAAGAAGUUCUGGGUGCAAUAUCUCGAUUGUAACGUUUUCAGUGCAACUGUAUUCUUCCCGUUUUUCUGUCCUUUGCCGCACUGAAGACCCGGAUUCCGUUUUAUGGGAAAUAUCGUUUUACGGAGUCGUGGCGUAGCGAAUAUGAGUGACAUCGAAUUCGAGGACAAUAUCGACAUCGAAGAAGAUGAUCUAUAUGAUGAAACGGCGGAAGCGGAGGCGGAAGAUGCGUUGAGCGAGAAUCACCUUGUCUCGAUCUUGCGGCAACUAAUAAACAGUGGAGAGAUUCAAGUUCUUAACAGUGAGCACUUUUAUUCGAUGUCGUUACCAGUGAUCAAAAGACGGCCUAAUUUGGAUAAAUUGAAGAAAAGCGCCAUCUAUCAGAGCAUAAAGCAAGCUUCCGGUUAUGGAGCGGGUCGUGGCAGUCCGAUGGAGAAGUUUUCUCUGCCCAGCAUGCUUGCCAGCCGCCAGAGUGGAUUUGGCCCUAAAGGUGGGGCUUUUGUUCAGAACGAGAAAUGCAAAAUCGGCAACGUGUUCGUGCCGAACCGUACCGAGCGCACGAUUAGUAACUGCAAUUCGAAGGUGUUUUGUGGUCGAUUCUCGCGAGAUGGUUCACAAUUCUUUAGUGCCAGCCAGGACAGUCGAAUUCGAAUAUUCGACGCAACGACCAGUCGGUAUCGGAUGACAAGACAGAUCGAGGCGAAAAAUGUGUCCUGGUCAAUUCUGGAUAUCGAUUUCAGUCCCGAUGGAGAAUAUUUUGUGUAUUCCACCUGGGCAGAUGCGUUAUUUAUUUCCCGCAUGCGCAAUACAGUCACGGAUAAAAUACACUGUCUGUUCCUUCGGCCGGAUAAUCAGAAGUUUGGAGUAUUCACUGUUGCAUAUUCAAACUGCGGAAAGCAGAUACUUGCGGGUGCAAACGAUGGCUGCCUUUAUGCGUACGAUUUAGUCGGAGAUCGAAGGGUGUUGAUGGUUCUCGUUGCAGAGGAAAAGCAUGACGUCAAUGCUGUUGGUUUCCUAGAUGAAACGUCGAAUAUUUUCUUCAGCGGCACAGAUAAUGGUGUUAUAAAGAUUUGGGAUCGUCGCUGUCUAAAUGAAGUAAACCCCGCACCCGCUGGUGUGUUGGUGGGACAUUACGAUGGAAUUACCUAUAUCGAUUCGAGAAACGACGGACGCUAUAUAAUAUCAAAUUCUAAGGACCAAAGUAUUAAAUUGUGGGAUUUGCGUGUAUUCUCGCCUUCGAAUGCUGAAGAAAAGGCAAGGCUUCAUCUCAGUCACGGGAACUGGGACUAUCGAUGGGAUGAAGUUCCAAAAAAAUUUUAUAAUCCAACGAAAUCACUGGAAGGCGACACAAGUGUGAUGACAUACCGGGGCCAUCGGGUGCAGAAAAGUUUGAUUCGAGCGAAAUUCUCUCCGGCAGCAACUACUGGCCAGCGAUAUAUCUACACAGGAUGCGGUACAGGAAGAUUGAUAAUUUAUGAUACUCUGACUGGUAAAAUUGUACAAGCCAUCGAAAGUCACAGGGACACGGUUCGAGAUGUGGCGUGGCAUCCACAAAGACCCGAAGUGUUAACUUGUUCGUGGGACUUCCACGUGAACCUGCAAACAUACCAGUGCGCCGAGAACACGAAGAACGUCUAUUUUACCACGAAAACACGUCGCAUCAACGAUGUUGACGACGGUAGUGACGAUGAAAGCCCUCCGCUGAGACGCUCCCGAAGAAUAGCUGAGUUGCGGCGGACGCAAUCGAGUCUCGACUAAGGGAUUCGAUACGAACAUUUUUGAACACGUAAACAUUGCUCAGCUCAUUUUGAAAAACAUAACUUGCAAAACUCUAGAAGCGGGUCCUAAUUAUACUGCAUGCAUUCUGAACGGCUUUACGAAUAUGUAUUCGGCAAGCAUCGGUGUCUAGGAUUUUUUUAUACGAUUGUAGAUUCUAUGAUUGAUACAGCUUUUCUGGUUUAUAACAAGUUAGAAUAAUGGCUCUGUGGCGGAGGGAAGGAAGACAUUUGUAAAAUAUACAUGUAAUCCGAAUUCUGCUUGAACGAAGAGUCAUCUGGUCGUGUGGGAAGUGAGAAUAAUUUUGGACUCGUAAGAAUUGUGCUGUGACGUUCGAUUGCAACACCUGUAGCAUCAUCCUAUUGUUUGAUUUUAUUUUUUCUGUAUACAUAAUGUAUAUCUAUAAAUCUUAAACAUAAAUUAUUGCCUAGCCAUCACUGGUUAACUUUAGAGAGAGAGACAACACUUACACGAUAAGCAUCUAAUAAAGAGUUGAAUGGCAUUGUUCAAUUUUAA